AUGAAUUCAACAUACCUUAACAUAACGUGUGCUCAAGAAGAGCAACAUGCCAUUGAAGGGAUUUCGUUCAUUUUCAAGAAUGAGUCUGUUAUCUUCACAUCUUUUUCUUUAUUAGCAGUUAUCGCUAACUCCUUCUUUCUGAUUGAUGUAAUCCGUGCCUGCAUGUUUGAGAAUGGCGAUAUCAAAAGAUACCUCUUUGGCAUUAACCGAUCGGUUUUGGAUUUAUUGACGGCUAUUAUGAUCUAUUUCUAUAUUCAUGAACGAGAAACGCACUCACUAUCAUCCCACAAUAUUCUUCCGCCGUACUAUCAAAAUAUCUACAGUAUUCCUAUCCAGAUAUUAAUGACGAUUAAUGCAUGGAAUGUAGCAUUUGGAUAUAUGUCUCAUGCUAUGGUAACCAUCUUUGCCAUCAGACAACCUUUACUAUACAAACAAAUUCCUGUUCGAGUAUUCUUUCCUCUCUUCCAAGCAUUCUGGCUGAUAUCAAUCAUACUGUUCUGGGUUGUAUAUACAAAGGAAAUUGCUUUAUUGGAUCAUACAAGUAUCACUGAGAGAGAUUUAAAAGAUAUUACAAGCUUGCAACCAACUGGCUCAUUGGGCGGAUAUUUCAUUUUUGCUCAUCAUAGUCUGCCUCAUAAUUUCCUUCCAUGGCUUUCGGAUAUCUGUCAUGUUUUCAAGGAUCCUGUUUCACAAGCUUAUAUCAUGUGCAUCAUCGGCCUUGUAAUUCUGCCAUUCCUUCUCAGCUACUUUAUUCAUCUGAAGGUUGUACUGGAAGUUAUUUCAAGUAACGGACUGUAUCGUCAUGAACAUUAUGGUUUUAUGAUUCUGCGUCAAACAAUUCAUAUCUUGACGUUCGGAAUUUGCAGCAUUCUUCAGCUUUACGCCUACUUUGGCCUUUUCACAUUUGCCGUCAGUUGUGAAGCUCAAAGUUGUCAAACACGUCUGAUCUCAUUUUGCUUCGUUGUCAUCAAUUUUAUUGGAAGUACAUGCUGGCUGAUUCGAAUGUCCGUUGAUCCAAUCAUCGAUACGUUGUUCUUCUUUAUCAUUCAACGAAAUGAUGACAAUCUACACAUACGCGAAUUGGAUGUUCUCUAUCCGUUAGAGGGUACUGAAUGGACAAGCUGGGAAGUUGAAAUGACAUCCAAUGAUUCUGUUGAAACAUACAUAAACAAGAAAUCAAUUAUUUAA